AUGGCCAAAAGUUACAAUCCUAUCUGCUCCUUAUUUGUUCUUGUUCUUGUCAUCAUGACCUCUAGUUGGGUUUCGAUGGUAUCAGAAGCUCGUCCUCUGAGAAUUGGAAGUGAUUUGUUUGAUAUUGGUGGGUUUUACAUUGAAGGCAUGAAGGCUGGUGGAGGCCCGAGUUCAGAUGGAAAGGGUCACGGCGUCACUGAUACUCAAAUUCUGGGAGGUAUCAAAACUGAAGGUCCAAGGUCAAGUGGAAAAGGUCAUGCCUUCACUAAUUCUCAAGUUCUUGGAGGGAUAAAAAAUGGAGGUCCAAGUCCUGGUGGAAAGGGUCAUGCCUUCACUUCUUCUCAAACUCUUGGAGGUAUCAAAAAUGGAGGUCCAAGUGCAGGUGGAAAAGGUCACGGCUCCACUGAUUCUCAAACUCUUGGAGGGAUCAAAAAUGGAGGUCCAAGCUCAGGUGGAAAGGGUCAUGCUUUCACCAAUUCUCCUACUCUUGGAGGGAUUAAGAAUGGAGGUCCAAGUCCAGGUGGGAAAGGUCAUGCCUUCACUAGUUCUUAUCCUACUCUAGGACUUGGAGGGAUCAAACACUGUGGUCCGAGCCAUGGAGGCAGUGGACACUGA